AUAUUUCCUCCCGUUAGCUGACAUGAUUGUAGUCCUCAUGUUAGGGAGGAACGCGACAGCAAGUUCCUGAAACAAACAUGACAACUCCUAAAUACCCAAACUCCGAAAGUUUAGCGUGGACAGUUGGAUGAUAAAACAGUGAAAUCAUGGAGCACAUCAUAACGCCGAAGGUGGAGAAUGUGAAACUACUGAACAGGUACACUGAAAAGAAGUCAGCUCUGGGCACUCUUUACUUGACCGCGACUCAUCUUAUCUAUGUGGAACAAACCAGCAACACACGCAAAGAAACAUGGGUGCUGCAUCAUCACAUCUUGUCAGUGGAGAAACUUCUGUUAACUGCGUCCGGUUGUCCACUGUUGAUCCGCUGUAAAACCUUCCAGCAUCUGCAUCUGCUGUUUCAAAAAGAGAGGGAUUGUCAGGAUGUGUAUCAGUCACUUCUACGGCUUUUUCAACCUGUCAAAGAAGAGGAGCUUUAUGCUUUCCUCUAUAACCCACAUCAAAACGAGGAGGAGCGGAGACGGGGUUGGGAGUUGAUCAGUGUGGUGAAUGACUUCAACAGGAUGGGCCUCUCUAAUGAUUAUUGGGAAAUUAGCCAUAUCAACAAAAACUUUGAGAUGUGUAGCACUUAUCCAUCCAUCCUAGGACUCCCUAAAAGUGCCAGUGUUGCUACGGUAACAGGCAGUGCCAAAUUUAGGAGCCGAGGGCGUUUGCCUGUUCUGUCUUACUAUCACAAAGAUACAAAGGCUGCGAUUUGUCGCUGCAGUCAGCCUUUGUCAGGUUUGAACUCCCGCUGUGUGGAAGACGAGCAGAUGCUUCAGGCCAUCAGCCAAGCCAAUCCAAACUCUCCCUUUAUAUAUGUAGUGGACACACGGCCCAAGUUGAAUGCAAUGGCGAACCGUGCAGCUGGUAAAGGCUAUGAGAACGAGGACAAUUACUCCAAUAUCAGGUUCCAGUUUCAGGGAAUUGAAAACAUCCAUGUCAUGAGAAGCAGCCUGCAAAAACUGCUGGAGGUUUGCUCUAUGAAGUCUCCCUCUAUGAGUGACUAUCUGACAGGACUGGAGAACUCUGGCUGGUUGAGACACAUCAAAUCUGUGAUGGAUGCAGGGGUCUUCCUCGCCAAGGCUGUGUGUGAAGAGAGAGCGAGUGUAUUAGUACACUGUUCCGAUGGUUGGGACAGAACUGCUCAGGUUUGCUCUCUGGCUUGCUUACUGCUGGAUCCAUACUACAGAACUAUUAAAGGCCUCAUGGUUUUAAUAGAAAAAGAGUGGAUUUCUUUUGGUCAUAAAUUCAGUCACAGGUGUGGCCAUCUGGACAGCGACCCAAAGGAAGCGUCUCCGGUGUUCACCCAGUUCCUGGAGUGCGUCUGGCAGCUGUCACAACAAUUCCCCUGUGUGUUUGAGUUCAACGAACAUUACCUGAUAGAAAUACAUGACCAAGUCUACGCCUGCCAGUACGGAAACUUCAUCGGCAACUGUCAGAAGGAGAGGCUAGACAUGAGGUUGCAUGAAAAAACCUUUUCCCUGUGGCCGCAUCUUCUGGAAAACCAGCAUCAGUAUCGAAACCCUUUGUACCGGCGCUCAUUAGAAAGCACAGUUCUCAGACCAAGCACUUUACCACUACACUUCAAGUUCUGGUGUGGGAUGUAUAACCACUAUGACAGAGGAAUGCACCCAAAACAGUCUGUUCUAGACACGCUGCUGACUCUCACACAGAGGCAGGUAGAAGGAGAGAGAACCAUGACUGAAUUACAGAGACAGCUGGCUGUUGCAGAUGGAGUUCUUCCUGAUCCAGCCGGACCAAUCAACACACAUGCAGACCAGAAUAACCAAAGUGAGAAGAUGCCUGCUCCUCCAGUCGUCCAAUCAAAUGGAAGCUGUGCUCCUUUGAUCAAUGGCAACGUGAAGGAGGUGGGGCCAGGAGCUGAAAACUCCAAUCAGGAAGACAGGGAGGAGCCAGCUGCCAAUGAACACGAUCUGUCCUCUAAGGACAAACCUGUUUUUGUGGAAACAGAACAUUCCAAAGAGGAGGUACAGGAAUCCUCUUGAGUCGCCAUAGUGUUAGCACAUCAGCCGUUAGGACUGAAAUGCCAAAGAACAAAUGAAAGCAUGCAUAAAGUUGUGUUCCCACAACAGAAGCCAUCGCAAUAGAAAAAAAAACAAUCAUUUAAACGGCAGUGUUCUUCUGCACACCAUGUUGUGAUGGUGUACUGAUGUUUCUAUCACUGUGUGGAUUGUUUUGUCCAGUUAUAUCUGUUCUGAACAUUCCCAAAAUGUUAAAGACAUGUAUGUGGCAUGAUGAUUAAAAGCUAGGUGCUUUGAUCAUAGGCAA